GCGGGGCCGGGGGAGCGCCGGGGGAGCGGGAAACCUCCGGCAGCCGCGGGCGGCCCGGCCGAGACUCGGCCUCGCCGUCGCCCUCUAUAAACGCUCGUUCUUAUUGAUGCGUCCCCGUGGGAAAAGAGCCUCGGCGUCCUUCCCGCCCGCUGAAUGCCCGUGUUGUUGCUUUUCCCGCAGCUUUAGCGAGGAGGGCACAACGGAGAGCACAGAAACUGGAUGGCUUCUACGGUGAGCCUGGGCAAGGAAACACUGUUGGAAGAUGGAAUGCCACCUGCAAAAAAGCCCAGGAAGCUGCUGCCAAGUCUCAAAACCAAGAAGCCUCGGGAACUUGUGUUGGUGAUUGGGACAGGAAUUAGUGCUGCAGUUGCUCCCCAGGUCCCAGCACUGAAGUCCUGGAAGGGGCUGAUUCAGGCCCUCCUGGAUGCUGCUAUUGACUUUGAUCUCCUGGAAGAUGAGGAGAGCAAACGGUUCCAGAAGUGUCUUCAUGAAGACAAGAACCUGGUCCAUGUUGCCCACGACCUUAUUCAGAAGCUGUCUCCGCGCACAAGCAACGUUCGCUCAACCUUUUUCAAGGACUGUUUAUACGAGGUGUUUGAUGACCUGGAAUCUAAAAUGGAAGAUUCUGGGAAGCAGCUGCUUCAGUCUGUGCUUCACUUGAUGGAGAAUGGGGCCCUUGUGUUAACCACAAACUUUGAUAACCUGCUGGAGCUGUAUGCAGCACACCAGGGGAAGCACCUUGAGUCUCUUGACCUGACUGAUGAAAAGAAGGUGCUGGAGUGGGCGCAGGAGAAGAGGAAGCUCAGUGUCCUGCACAUCCACGGCGUCUACACCAACCCCAGCGGCAUCGUCCUGCACCCGGCUGGCUACCAGAACGUUCUGCGCAACACCGAGGUCAUGGCCCUGUUUUUAGAGGCUGUCAAGCACAAGUCAGACCUGGAGCACUUCAUGCUGGUGCGGAGGGGGGAUGUGGAUGAGUUCAAGAAGCUCCGUGAGAACAUGCUGGACAAAGGCAUCAAAGUGAUUUCCUACGGAGAUGACUACGCUGACUUGCCCGAGUACUUUGAGCGGCUGACGAGCGAGAUUGCCAUGCGGGGCCGAGCAGGUGUGCCCAAGGAGGGGCAGCAGCUGAACGGCUCUGCCGCUGCCCACGCUGAGGUGAAAGCCUUUGCUUCCACACAGGAUGCAGCCCCUGAGCCUGAGCCCUGCCCAGGCCCUGAGCUGUGGCAGGGGCUCCUGGGACAGGCCCAGGCCAGGCCAGCAGCCCUCAGGGAGGCCAGAGCCCACCACUCACUGUCCCACUGCUGUCCAGCACCGAGCCAGGACCCUUCCAGCAGGGACAAGGCCAGGACAGAGCCACCACGGAUGAACAGCUGGGCUAACACAGUAAUUGUGGUUUUACUGGGGCUGCGUGUGCCUGCGGAGCGCGGUGUCCCCAAGGGAGCUGCAGCCUCCUCUAACUUCAUACCUAGUGCUUUUAUAUUCUGUAUUUCAAUUUAAAAUGAAACUUGAGCUUUUUUUUUUUUUACUGGAAGCUCUAGUUUUCUAGUCCUGUCUUUUUACUGUACAGUAUUUUGUAUGUUGAAGUUGUAUUAAAGGCCUGCUCACUGAA